GUAACGGAACUAUUCCUCACGGAACGUUUUAAUCUCCGUUUGUUUUUAUGGGGAAUGUGCGUCAGUCGAAACGGCCCCUUGUUGAUUGUGGGGAGAUGGAAACAGGCCUGUGUGCUGUCCCAUGGGUGCCAGUGAAUAUCGAUGGUUCUGAUCUUCUGGCCAAAGCCUGGUUCGGUGACACACAGUACCGGCUUCUGCUGAGUGACCUGAACACUGUGUGGGAAGAAGACAUGACCGCAGAUGACAUCCAGAGUCGAGCACAGGAUCUGAAUAAGCGUCUGAGGGCUCCUACACAAGCUUUUUUCUCUCAUCUGUGUUCUGUGGCACAGCCUUGUUUCUCCAGUGAAGAUGAUGAUCAGAUUUCUACUGCACACAUUACUCUUGAACAGCGUGGUGACAAUCUAACAGUCAAACUCAAAAGUGAGCUGGCUGGGUUGCCGUUCUACUGGGAGUUCCGCUGCACCACAACACCUGUUGGCGUGGUGUGCAGGCAUCUGGUGCGCCCCCUGCUGGCAGUGAGUAGAGUCCUGCAGCGGCAAGUGGAGGAUCUAGCUGCACUUUUGGUUCAGAAGGAUGCAGAGAUACAGGACUAUCAGGAGAACGGAGCUGUCCUAAGUAGAGCCAGACUUCAGACGGAGCCGUUUGAGGUGCACAGGUACAGGGAGAACUUCUUCACACAGAUCGUUCCACAGAUGGGUGUGACGCUGGACAGUGUGGGUUUUGACUCCGAGUUGCAGGCUCUGUACAUGGCCUUGAGCUCGGGGAAAACGGGUCAGAAACGCAAAGGCUUUCCUGACAGCAGUCCUGCGGCAGAAGACAAGCACGUCUCUGAACAUCACCAACACAUCACUGAUGUCCCCACAGAUGUGAGUUCUUCUCUGGCUUCUCAAGAACAGAAUGAUGUCAAAGCACCAUCACGAAGACCUCAGGUGGCAGACAGUAAACAGGAUGUCCCGUUACCAUCAGCUGUUGGUUCUGAGGAACGUUCCAGCUCACGGCCGAAGAAGAAGAAAGCAGUGGGGCUUUUUCGGUGACUGUUCAUGCUUCUGAAUAAGAAUAGUGCACAUAUGGACCCUUUUAUUUUCUGAAUGCUUUAUAAACAUUUUUAUUCUUUUUAGGUUUAAUUUUUAAGUGAUUAUGGACAUUUCAUUAUUGUAUUUUAGUCUGUAUGCCCAUCUUAAUGUUUUAAAAGCCAUUAAUAAAAUGUUGCAUUUUUUAAAUACAUGUUCUCAAUAGUAGGGUUGAUGCACCUCAACUGGCAGCAUGUGAAAAAAUUACAGAUGCUCAGAGUAUGCUUAAAAUGUGUUGCAAUUUCAAAUCUGAGCAUCUUCUUUUACAUCAAGAUAAGAUGCACAGGUUUUAUUAGUCUGUUGGGAGGAUAACAGUGUUUUAUAGUGUUACUGAUUUUAAAAGUUUGUAUGGUUUGUAGAUAUAUAAAGUUUAGUAUGAGGCCAUUACUAGCAAGUAAAUGUGAUAUGCUUGAGCUCAAAUGCAUGUUCCUGAAAAAUCAUCAAGACUUUUGAAUGGACGGAAAUUCUGACCACAAACCCAACACAGAUAAUCCACUAAUUUCUUUGGUUUUGGCUUUGCCUUUGUUAGAAUAAGCUACCGCUUUGUUUCACAUCAUUCUAUUGUCCUAGUAUUGUUGAUUUAUCCAUCUCUAAACAUAACAUAAAAAGUGAAUUGUG